CGGGGCUGAGGGAAGCGCUUCGGGUCCGCUCCCAUGCUCCCGAAAGGGCCGCUGUAAGCUCGCGAAGGCGGUGCGGUAUACCGGCAGAGCUGCCCUCCCCGGGAAAGCGCCGAGCUCUUUUUAUUUCCCGAAUUGCGUAUGUGGGACUGGGUCCGCGCCAGGUGCUUGCGCAGCUCUAGCUAAAGCUGCUGGAGCUGGGAGAACGGCACCUCUUCGGGACCGUGAUCAUGGUUAAACGUACAGAGCCUAGAGACGGCCCACGGUAGUGACCGGUAUCCAUCACACACGGCUUAGACCGCAGCAUCCCAGCGCAGUGGGGUCGGAAGGGACCUCUGGAGAUCGUCACCUGCUAGAGCAGGUAAGCUUAGGAAAGAUGAAUGAGUGGCAGAAGAAAAGCCCUCUGGACUGGGAAAAGUAUCUGAACAAAAUGGUGAAAGUUGCUGCAGUUGAGAAACUCGACUAUGAAGGGUGGGUGGUAACAGUGGAUCCAGUUUCUGCCAGUAUUAUCCUUGCAACAUUCCUAGAGGAUGAAAAAGUGUCCAUCUCAGUUGUCCUGGGCCACGCCGUGCAGGAGGUCGAGAUACUGCAAGAAGGGGACGAGGAAAUGAGGCAGAAGCUUUCUACCAUCUUCGCACCUGAAGAGAGCAAAGCCUACAGCCCAGAGGAGCUCGAGAAGAGGAAGAACAGCUUGAAGACUUGGUUAGAAACAAACCACAUCCCUGUGACAGAGCAAAGCGAGUCAGGAGGGACUCUCUGUGUGGCUGGGGUGCUGACGAUUGAGCCACCCUACGGGCCGGAAGCGUGCAGCAGCUCUAACGAAAUCAUUCUGUCUCGAGUUCAAGGCUUGGUACAGGGCUACCUGGAAAAACAACAGUGAUGUCCUCUCUUGCGAGCAGUAGGAAUGGGUGUCCCCACCCUGUUUUAGGAACUGUUGGCAAAAAUGCUGGGGAUUUGGGAUGUUUUUAUAGGAGUUUUGCAAGGGAAGAAUGGGAUGAACUAAACGGACAAAGCCUUUUUCCUGCCCUAUUCUUUUGUUAUCAAAAUACAAGCCAUGGGCUAAUGGUGGUGGAUGAAAUGACCCUGGUACAGCUUACAGCUUACUCUCUCAGGUUCUUAUAUCAGCACUAAGUUGAUGUAAAAGCUGAGUAAGUAUUUUUUGUAACAGUAUUGUAAAACAGGAGGAUCAACUCGAACCUGUGUUUUUCUUCCACCUUCCUUUCAAGCUGAUUCAAUAUUUUACCUACAGUUUGAUUGAUCUUGCUUACCAGAUACUUUCAGUUAGUUUGUUUGUUUGUUUGUUUUUAUUUUUGAAAAAGAAUUGUGUCCCUUGGACUUCCCAGAUGACAAAAAAAAUUGUUCAGAAAGCCUUUUUUUGUUCAUUUGGUUGUGUUUUUUUUUUUUUUCCCACAACCAUUCUUCUGUUUCAGAACAUGAAUUAAAAUGUAGGUCCAAACUGGUAAAGUUAUUAGGGAAAGUUAGCAGGCAAACAGCAGGUUUUAAACCCAGAUUUGUUAGUUUAGGGCAGCAGUGAUUGAAAGACCUUUGUUCCUCAGAGAAUUUCUUACCAUUCCAAAUGUUUGUGUUCCUUAAUGCUUUGUGUUCAGCUUCCAGUGACACACAAUGCAGAAGUCACUGUCAUUAGAUUAUUAAUCCAGGCAGCAGCAGCCUUUAGAGCCUUCAUUUAUCUCCUGGGGUAUUUGUUCUUGAGAUAGCACAAAACCACAUCACUGUGCUCAAAUGCAUUUGAAAAGGCUUUUUAACCCUUGCUAAUAAA